CAGACGUGGCCUGUGUGGUUGUAAGAAACAACAGACUAUGGAGUGACAGAUUAUGUACUGACUUAAACAGCUUCUUUUGCCAAACUGACACACAGGACACACUUCAGAACAAGUUUAAGUACAUUGACAUGGUCAUGAACUGGACUGAUGCUCAAAUUUACUGCAGAACACACUACGUAGACCUGGCCACCAUUACAGACGACACAGAGAACAUGCACAUCGCAAACAUACUUUCUGACAUGAGCCUCAGCUAUGUUUGGAUCGGCCUGCACAAGAACCUAUGGCUGUGGUCGGAUGAGAGCAGUGUAUUGUUGUCCUCUGUGAAAUGGGAGUAUGGGCAGCCUGAUAACGUGAAGGGAAUCGAGGAUUGUGUGAAAGCCAGUACUGAAGGACUGAUGGCUGAUGACUCCUGCUCGACUCCACUGCCUUUCUACUGCCGCGAACACAGGAAAAUACAGCGUGUGAGAUUCACAGUCAAAUCAGACGGAGAUCUGGACGAAUCUGCAGUGAUGGAGGCCAUAGAGAAGAAGAUUAAGGAGAUCCUCUCGGAUCAAGACAUGAAAUUCAGAUCCAGCAUAAAAUGGAGCGUCCAACCUGACGGGGAGAUCUUCCAGCAGCAGAAAACACAAGAAAACACACAAGAGAAGCCAUGUGAGGAGUUAGGUCCAAUGAAACGCUAGACUCUGAUACAAGCUAUAACUUGUCCAAACAUUAAUGAAUCUUUAAGCAAAAGACAUUCAUAAUAAAUUAUAGAUGUUCAACACCAUCACAUGUAAUUAAUACAGUCAAUGCAUGGUAAAUUAUAAAAUAAUGAUGGAAUAUACAUAUAUUACACAUUAAUUAGUUCAGUUUGGUAUUUGUUUACAAAUUAAUCUUUCAAGAUAUCAGGCCAUAAUUUAGCUUAUGUCUAUGUACAGCAGUUUUUCUUUAAUCUAUGUUUGAUAUGCGGUGCAAUCGAUUAGAAGACUGAACUGACUCAGGAUAACAUGCGAGCACAGCGUCAUGCAAUUAAACGCUGAGAUUUGCAAUUUCUAUUAAUGAAAACCCAUCUCUUCAAAAAAUAACUUUCUUCCUCAGUACUUUUCCUCUUGUUUUCCACGACA